CUGGAGGAUGGACGGAGCUUGUUGAGGAGAGAGGGAGAAAGGGAGAGAGAGGGGGAGAGUAGAGGAGAGAGCUGGUGAAAAGAGACGCUUUUCCCGAGCUACUUGGAGAAACAACGCCAGGCUUGACACUGAGUGAUGACCGUGGCGCAGAGAGACUCGGCAGACCGGGAAUAAAAAGGCGGAAUAAAACACACACACACACGCACACACGCACACGCACUCAGAGGGGAGGAGGCGGUUUGUGGAUACCUGCGCGUCUCCGUUCCGGCCGCAGGUGCGCUACAACCCCUCUGAAGGGAGUUUUUUUUUCUUGGGUCCGGAGAGGGAAGUGAGAGAAGAUUUCUUCCUCGGAUUACUUCUCCCGGUCUCAUCUGUUCCUUUUCAGUCACCUCUGAAUGCAAACUUUCUCAGCCACAGUCCAACUCACAGGUUCGACCCAAGCGCUUUUUAUUUUAUUUUUUUUUAAUUCGUGGACUGUUAGACUGUUUCUGGACGCGGAUUACACUGGACACCGUCUCCAGCCAGAGAGGAGAAUUCCUCUGAACUCCAAACUUGUGUUUUGUGACGCGCAAACGGAGUCCUUCCAUCACAUCGGUGCUUUUUAUUUGAUUUUUUCCUUAAUGUUCUGAUGAAGAGGACAAUGUCUGGAUUAUUACAGCCGCUGCUCGACCUGCUCCGGGAAGGACGGGAAGAGUAAAGCAGAGAGAGAGAAAGAGAGAGAAGGAGGGUAAAGAGGAGGAAGAGAAGAAGGAGAAGAAGAAGAAGGAGGGAAGUCGCUGGCGUUUGGCUGCCGUCCACUUGUUUCGUUAGCGCCUUUGCCGCUCGGGCUCUCCCCCACCGCUUUUUACUGGAUACACGGACACACACCGAGAGGACGCACGGGGAGGACCUGCGUUCACACCCUGGGCCAGUGGGAGGUGACUGUCCGAAGAAAUGCCGGUCCUAGGUGCCCUAGUACAUCACCACCGGGACCAUGGCGACUCAUUGGCCAAUGAGAAGAGAGAGGUGCUCCCAUGGCUCCUCCUGCCUUGCUAGAUGGUCGGCGUCCUCCUUGAUGUUCCUAUGGUUGCCGUGGGUGUUGCUAUGGCUGCCGUGGCCCACCCGAGCUGAACAAGUUGGCGGUGGGGGACACGGUGGGAAGGCGCUCCACGGUUCUCUGUCGUCCCCUUCAUCCUCGUCGUCGUCCUCCUCCUCGUCCUCGUCACUGUCUGGCUCUUCGCCUUGGGGCUUCAGCACGAGGCAGAGCGGGGGACAGCUGGACUGGUUGCUGUCAGAGAAGGGACCUUUCCACAGAUGUCCUGAGUACACGGAGUUCAGAGACAGGUUCCAGCAGGGAUUUUCUACCAGAUACAAGAUUUACAGGGAAUUCAGCCACUGGAAGGUGAACAGCCUGGCAACAGAGAAGAGAGAUUUCCUCAAAGCUCCGUUGCCCUUAGCACCAGAGUUUCUACGCAACCUGCGGUUACUGGGGCGACGGCCAACUCUGCAGCAAAUCAACGAAAACCUCAUCAAGAAGUACGGGACCCACUUCCUAGUUUCUGCUACCCUGGGAGGAGAGGAGUCCUUGACCAUUUUCCUGGACAAGCAGAAGCUGAAUAAGAAGUCGGAGGGUAAUAGCAACAGCUCAGUGGUGUCUCUGGAGCUGCUCCAUCAGCUGGCUGCCUCCUACUUCACAGAUCGAGAGAGCACCCUAAGGCGGCUGCACCACCUACAGAUCGCCACCUCUGCCAUCAAGGUAACCGAAACAAGGACGGGCCCUCUCGGCUGCAGUAACUACGACAGCUUGGAUUCAGUUAGCUCGGUGUUGGUGCACAGCCCGGAAAAUAAGAUCCACCUAAAGGGUUUGCAAGAUGUCCUCCCAGAGUUCCUGCGCGGGCGUUUCGUGGAGGCGGCCCUCAGCUAUGUGGCGUGCAACUCGGAGGGCGAGUUGCUCUGCCGCAACAACGACUGCUGGUGCCGGUGCUCCCCACGCUUCCCAGAAUGCAACUGUCCCUUCGCUGACAUCAAGGUCAUGGAGGAGAACCUGGAGAAGAGCAAAGAUGCCUGGGGCAGCUUCAACCAAGAGUUCAUGGAGUCAGAUGAAUUCAAAGCCUUCCUGAAGCGCUUGCCCACUGACCGGUUCUUGAACGUGUCCAUGAUCGCCAAGUUCUGGUCAGCCGACUUGUCUCUCCAGAAGCGCUACGCCCAGCUGGAGUCCAGCACUGUCCUGGUUUUAGGCAAAGCCCAGAAGAUCGUGAGGAAACUGUUCACCCUGAGCAAACGCUGUCCCAAACAACCUCGCAUCAGUCUCCCCAGAGAAAGGCCUGUUGGGUUUUGGCUGAACAGGGCCCAGUCUCUGCUCUACUGCAAUGAACAUGGAGUGCUGGGCUCCUUCUCUGAGGAGGUGAAGACCUGUAUCUGCCCUUCGGAGCAGCCCACCUGCCAGGGAGUCGUUCCGUGCAUUGUGGGCACCUCGUCCACCUCCUGCUCCUCCUGUGCCAUUGACAACGCAACCCGCUGUGGAUCCUGUCACCACGGCAACCUCCUACAUCUUGGUUCCUGCCGGCCAAGCAUUGCUGCAUCUCUGGACCACUAUCUCAACUUGGAUCUGGACAUGCCUGAUACUGAGGUGAAGUACCUGCUUCAGAGACUGGACAGCAGAAUAGAGGUCCAUGCCAUCUACAUCAGCAACGACGUCCGCCUGGGAAGUUGGUUCAAUCCUGCCUGGAGGAAGAGAAUGUUGCUGACGCUCAAGAGCAACAAAAACAAGUCCAAUCUCAUCCACAUGCUGAUGGGCAUUUCUUUCCAGAUAUGCUUGACUAAGAAUUCAACACUAGAGCCAGUGCCUGCGAUUUAUGUGAAUCCUUUUGGAGGAAGUCACUCCGAGAGCUGGUUCAUGCCAGUGAAUCAGCCUGACUUCCCCGACUGGGAGAGAACUCGACUAGACACUGGCGCCACAGCACAGUGUUACAACUGGACACUGUCUCUGGGCAACAAAUGGAAGUCCUUCUUUGAAACAGUGCACAUCUACCUGCGAAGUCGCAUAGUCACAGAUGAUCCAACAGUGAAUGAAACUCUCUUCUAUGAACCGCUGGACUUGGAUGACCAGACGUCCAACCUGGGGUAUAUGAAGAUCAACACACUCAAAGUGUUUGGAUACAGCAUGCACUUUGACCCUGAGGGCAUCAAGGAUCUGAUUCUCCAGUUGGACUACCCCUACACGCAGGGCACACAGGACGCUGCCUUCCUGAUGUUGUUGGAGAUGAGGGACCGAAUUAACCGGCUGUCUCCACCAGCACCGCAGCCACUUGACCUGUUUUCUUGUCUGCUGCGUCAUCGGCUCAAGCUGUCGGCUGGAGAGGUGGCGCGCAUCAAGGACUCUCUGCAGAUGUUUAACUCCAAGCUUCCCAAUGCUUCUCCUGAACCUGAGCUGGCCCAGCUGUGCAGCUAGCUAGCUUAGUCAGGUUCAGUGGAGCUACAGGGACAGGGACAACCCUAGACUGAGCAAGGGAAGUCCUACAAAGUUGGCCUUUUGGACCCAAUUCAUCUGGAUUAAUAGAACAUCCACCACCCUGAAGCCUCUCUACUGGGCUUUUCUUAUGGUCACUUCUUAUGGCUAGAUUUCUGGUGUCACAUUUUUAUCAUAAAUUGCUACUGGAGCCCUUUGACGAACAGUGGAGUCAUGUUGUGGACUUUUGGGAGAACAGAUAAUAUGUACUGGACUAGCCUGGAGGCUUACUUUUGCUAUUACUGCCCCGCUUUUGGCAAACUGUAUGACUGGACGAAGAUAAGAGACCAAUGAUUUGGAACCUCAGAGAGACGAUGUCAUAAAGCAUACCUAAGACCUCUGCCUUGCAAAGAUAGAGGCGAUUUUGAUAUGUAAAGAGGAACUCUUAAGGGGUCUUCAAAAAUGAGUUAACGGAUGAGGAUUUUCCCUUUUCUAACCCUAUUUUCUUUGGCUACAGAACAAUCUCGUGGGAAGGGAAAAUGGGAUAAUAUUAUAUAUGUGGUGAAUGAGUUGUUAUGUUAUGCUUAACAGUUUAAAAUUUGAUAUUCCUGAACCCUGUUACUGUCUUUGAAUAUUUCUUUUUAAUCCCUGCCUACCAUUUUAUCUGGCAUUUGAAAACCUGUAAGUAUCUAUGCCUAACAUCCGAGUGAGAAGCCUGUUAGUGAUGUUCUGUCCUUGGUGGUGUGUCUAUACCAAAUGAAGGUGAACACAUCGGCAAACUGAAUGGCAAAAUAUCUUAAAUGUUGAGUUUUUUGUUUUGUUUUUUGAGCUGAAAAUCAUAAAGAAAUCUUCUGAUGUGGUAACAAAAAGGUCUGCGGAUACAGCGCUGUAAAUAACGCUCCAUCUAACCCCAGGUGUGGACAAGUGCACAUUGCUUUUUAGAUAACCGAGUGCAAAGACCAAAAAAAUGUUUAUAACAAAACAAACUCAUGCCUUAUAUGGAGAGUCAAUGUUAAGAUAAGAAGCACAUUUAGUUUCUGUGUUUGAUUUCCCAGCAAAGGCUGUUAUUGCUUUUUAUAUUUCAAUAUUUCUACCAAGACAGAACAACAGACACAUUCUCCAGUGGUAAUGUAGCUUUUCCAUGUAAAUGCCAGUCACACUUUCUGCAGUUACUUGUUUUGAUUUGGUGUUGUGAAACUUUGAGUCACUAUUCACAGUGCACACCAGUACUUGCAUAAUGUAAUUGUUCUGCAAAAUCCUUCUAUCUCCACUUAUACAAACUCUCACUCUGGUUGAUUUUAGUAUGAUUUUUUAAAUGAUUUCAGUGGUUUGGUUUACUCUCAGGUCAAAGAAAUAGAUUAUUUUUUUUCCGUGUGGGUCCAAUGUCAGCUCCCAGUUACCACGGUGACUGGAGUUACAAGGUUUCUGCGCAGCAGUGAUGGUAUUCUUGAGAGCUGCAAACGUACCAGAAUGAUACUUGAUUUGAUUCUACCUUUACUUCACUAAUUUCUCACUGAAAGUCAGUAAACCUUGUAUGCCAUUUUCAGCAGUUCUUCUGUGCUCAGCUUGCUUAAGUAAAAACAAAGUGGUUUAUCUAUUUGGGAUUGUUUUCCUUGUUUUUCACUGAUAUAACGUGUACUAUGAAAUAACAUAUUGAUAUAUAUUACAGAACAGGUUGUCUUUGGUGUGAACAAAUCCAAUUUUUUUUAGUUUUGUGAGAAAUCCAGACAUUGGGUCAGAUUUACUGAGAUAAUGGUUAGAGUGGACUGAUGUUCCAUUAGCAUAUUGAGGGAAAUGCAGCCAAGUGUUGAUUGUAAAAGUCUAAUCAGUGUCUAGUAUGUUGUGACUUUGCAGUUUAUUGGACGUCAAGGCCAAAUACCAAACAGCAACCUCCAUGGCUCUGAAAUGAAGCCAAUGCUUAACUGUCAAAAUUACAGUUCCUCAAACAACCACUUGAGGUUGGCUCCAGAAGUGAGUCAGUCGCC